GUGUAGUGCCUUCGCCAUUUGGGGUUACAAUGCUGCAUUCCGGCUCCUGAUGCGGAUCGGCCGCGCCUAAAGUGACACAGAUGAGCGAGGUGGGCCCUUUAAGAGUGGAAAGAAGACCCCCCCCCCCCGCACAAAAGAGACCGUCAAUAAAUGGAGAUCGCUCCCGUCGCUUUUGUCAUGAUCUUAGUCCGUCCACAAAUUGUCCUGCGUCGGGGAUCUAGGUCCAGGCUGGGUUCACUGUGGUCCUUAUUGGCCUCAGACUUGUCGGACUCCCUGGUGGUGUGUGAAGUGGACCCGGAAUUAAAGGAAAAGCUGAGGAAAUUCCGCUUCCGAAAAGAGACCGACAAUGCAGCCAUCAUAAUGAAAGUGGACAAAGACCGGCAGAUGGUGGUGCUGGAGGAAGAAUUCCAGAACAUUUCUCCAGAGGAACUUAGAUCUGAGUUGCCAGAGAGACAACCCAGGUUCGUGGUUUACAGCUACAAGUACGUGCAUGCCGAUGGCAGGGUGUCUUACCCUCUGUGCUUCAUCUUCUCCAGCCCCGUGGGCUGCAAGCCUGAGCAACAGAUGAUGUAUGCAGGGAGCAAAAACAGACUGGUGCAGACGGCGGAGCUUACGAAGGUGUUUGAAAUCCGCACCACAGACGACCUCACGGAGUCCUGGCUUCAAGAAAAGUUAGCUUUCUUUCGUUGACCAUUGAGCCAGGGAUAUGGAAUCUUUACGCUUGAAUACUCAGACUCCUAGGCUGAUGAACAUCCAAGAGCUAAAUAAACGUUAAAAAAUCAGGAAUUUAGC